UUAACCAUCUUCCUGGUCGAGGUGGGGUUCAAGGUGUUCGUGUAUCGCCGCGAGUUCUUCCACCACAAGUUCGAGGUGCUGGACGGGGUGGUCGUGGUCGUGUCCUUCGUGCUCGACGUCGUCCUCAUCUUCCGGGAGCACGAGUUCGAGGCCGUGGGGCUCCUGAUCCUGCUGCGGCUCUGGAGGGUGGCCCGGAUCAUCAACGGAAUAAUUUUAUCGGUGAAGACCCGCUCGGAACAACAAGUGUCCAAGUUAAAACAAGCCAACCUGAAACUUGCAACAAGGCUGGAACAACUGGAACACAGCUGUGUAGAGAAGGAGCAAGAAAUCGAGAGGCUGAACAACAUCUUAAAGCGGCACGGACUCCUCAGCCAGCCAAAGUAGGAGGCCAGUUUUCCAAGGUGGGAAUUCUGCCUGGAGAGUGCAGUGUUGGAAUCCACCAGUUUGACCCGAAAGGUUUUUCUGUCUCUUUACUUCCUCUUGCAUUAUGUUGUCUAUAAACAUUUUCUAUUUGACCACACUUUGAUCAGACCUUGAGAUUGCAAAAAGAGUUUUGCUGGAAAAUUAAUUACACGCAGUCCCUGUAAACAACAAUUUUUUUCCCCUUUCUUGUACAGUUGUACAGUCAAAAUUGCAAAAUAAUUUAAUAAAGACACAUCUUUACAAGCUA